CCGCUCUGACUGUAAAUGUCAGGCAGGCACUGAACUAUGAUACAAUCUUACAAUUAGAGCGUAUAACAGUACAAUCUACUGAUUUGUAUGAAUAUAUUUUUCCAAAAUAUAUCUAUACAUUCGUGUGUGUAUGAUUUGAAGAUGAUGAAGUCUGAUCUGCACAGCAUUGAAUAAUUAGCACGGGAAACAAACGAGCUCAAUUUGAUGGUGCAAUUUUACUGAGUACACUGAGGUGAUCUCGUUGCUGUAAACAAUUAUUGUUUCUAACCCUAAAAUUUCAAUAAUGGUUGAGGAGAGCGUGAAUUCUUAUAACAAACCGAAAAAUAAAACUGCGCGGCCCCGUCCAGUUUACUUGUGGAAUGUCUUAGAUGUACAGAAGUGGUUGCGGAGACACUGUAGCGAUUACUAUCAAUUGUAUCAUGAAAAGUUUUUGUAUCAUGAUAUAACUGGCAGAGCGCUUCUGAGGGUCAAUGAGAACAUCUUACUGCGAUUGGGAAUCGUGAAUGAGGAACACAGAUCGGAUAUAUGGAGAGAAAUUAUGAAAUUGCGAUUAAAAACGGACAUAUUGGAGAUUAGAGAUAUUGAACGUAGAAAUAAUACUAAUUAUGAUUGAUAUUGAGAUUGUGCCGACAAUUACUAUCAUUAGAAUUAAUGUUUUUAUCAGUCACUUUGUACCUUUCAUUGAAUAAUCCCUCUUUCACUGAUAUUGUACAUCUAGGGAAUGAGCAAAGCGAUCAAUAUUUCGAUGGAUGAAAAAUCGUUUCACACUUUGAAUACCAAUUUCACCGAUUUUCAUGUACAAACUAACAUAUUAAUUAGUAAAACAUAUUUUUGUACCUAGUUGUUUGAUAAAAAGUUAUUUUAUUACUACUACCAUUGAUGAGUAUUUUAACUAAAAAUAUUACCAGGGGAUCGAAAUGUAAUUGAAACCACAAAAACUUACUGUUUUAGACAUGUUCUUUAGAAAAUUCUAAAUGAAAACUGCGGCGCAAUGAGCCUUAGUAAAUAGGAAGUUACAUAUGCUUUAUAAAUGUACCAAGCAUUAUUCAUAUAAUAUGAAAGCUGUAUUGAUCAUAGGCUGAUUUUCAGAUACUUGUUUGCCGAUAUUUUUAAUAAAUCAAAAAUUGAUGGUCAA